AAAAAGAAGGAGGAAAGAGCACGGGAAAACAUGUGAGCGCUCUGAGGACUUUAGUGAGAGGCAACUUUUAUUUUUCUUAUAUGUUUUUUUACCUGUGCAUGUCCAAACUGCCGUGCUGUGCUCAAAAAGGAAUUACAUCUUAACGGAACGUCACGGCUUUAUUUUUUGUAUUUUUUCCACUUCCACUGUUUUGCGGGUUUUGGCUUUUUCUGCUCAUCAGGAUAAAAUGUGUUAUUAUUUUUGCUUUCAUAUUGUUAUUAUUAUAUUAUUUUAAUUUUCGGAGUUAUACUGUAUAACCAGAAGGGAAAAGUAGGGCUAAUUUAUUUUAAACACCUGUUUUCAUACUAACGAAUCACAUUUAGAACACCUGCGUGUACAAAUUUGACUGUUGUUUUUUUUUCCUGCGUGGAGAAAUAUAUACAUAUAAAAAUAUAGUGCACUCCAGGUCAACAUCUCUCUCUCUCUCUUUUUUAAAGGGACGCGUUUUGUUUUAUUUUCUAUUAUUAUAAUUAAUAUUAUUGCAAGCGUAUUUUAUUAUCUUUUGAGACUAUGAAGCAUUUGCAAUUUGUGCUUGUGCUGGCCAUCGCGGUCAACGUGUGGGAAUGUGGGGACGCAAAGUUUGGCGAGAGAGGAGAAAUGAGCCCCAGGAGAAGAAGAUGUUACGACGGAAGCUUGCCCAAGCGGCUGAAGAAAAGGGAGCGAAAACUGUUGCUUGACGGCAGCAGCGGAGGAGAAGUUUGCCACAGGCUGUAUCCUCGCGUAUCCUGCUGCCCCACCAGGAGAGCCGCCUAUCAGAUCCUGCACCGCAGGGAUCCCAGGAUUUUCUCCACCAACAAUACAGAAUGUGGACGUCUCCUGGAGGAGAUCAAGUGUGCUCGCUGCUCCCCCAAUGCCCAGGUGUUGUUCCACUCCUUGGACAUGGAUAAGAUGCCACACAGGGAGCCAGACCUGCCACGGCUCUGCCAGAACUUCUGCCGCGAGUUCUACUACACCUGCAGGGGGCACAUACCAGAACUGUUCCAAGCCGAUGUGGAUGAGUUCUGCCAAUACUAUGGGAGGAGAGAUGCCAGUUUGUGUUUUCCAGAUUUUCAACGAAAGCAAUCACAUCGUCAGGAUUCUAACUACUUGGAUGAUGAGAAAAUAGAAGAAAUCAGCAGGAAACACAAACACAACUGCUACUGUGCCCAGGAGGUGUUGAGUGGUCUAAGGCAGCCGGUGGCUGUGGUGCACUGUGGAGAUGGUUCCCAGCGGCUCUUUGUCCUUGAGAGGGAGGGAAUUGUCAGGAUACUCAACCAUAACCUCGAGCUAAUUAAGGAGCCUUUCUUGGACAUCCACAAGAUAGUGCAGAGCGGCUUGAAGGGCGGAGAUGAAAGGGGCCUGCUAAGCUUGGCAUUCCACCCCAAUUAUAAGAAGAAUGGCAAGCUCUACGUCUCCUACACCACCAACCAAGAGCGCUGGGCCAUCGGACCACACGACCACAUUCUCCGUGUAGUUGAAUACACCGUUUCGAGGAAGAACCCAAACCAGGUAGACACAAGGACAGUCCGAGUACUAAUGGAAGUGGCGGAGCUGCAUAGGAAGCACCUUGGGGGCCAACUUCUUUUUAGUCCUGAUGGUCUGUUGCACAUCAUCCUGGGAGAUGGCAUGAUCACUUUGGAUGAUAUGGAAGAAAUGGAUGGACUGAGUGAUUUCACGGGGUCUGUGCUAAGGGUCGACAUAGACACAGAUAGUUGUGCUUCUCCAUAUUCCAUACCACGGAGCAAUCCUUACUUCAACAGCACCAACCAGCCACCUGAAAUCUUUGCACAUGGAUUACAUGAUCCAGGCAGGUGUGCAGUGGAUCGACUUCAGUCAGACAAUGGGAGUCUUGUAAUCCUCUGUACAGAUGCCAGUGGCAGAAACACAACAGCAGGAAGAAUACUGGAAAUUACUAAGGGGGGCGAUUAUGAAAAUGAGCCCUCUGCCUAUGACCUGCAUUCCAGUGGUGGAGCACCACCUGUGGGGGGUUUCAUCUACAGGGGCUGUCAGUCUAGGAGACUUUAUGGCAGUUAUGUCUUUGGAGAUAAAAAUGGUAACCUUCGCAUCCUUCAGAAGUCUACAUCUUCCACAUCAGCGAGUGGUGAAGAGUGGCAGGAAAAAGCUCUGUGCCUGGGCUCAGCUGACUCCUGUGGCACUAUGCUUGUUGGACACAUCUUGGGUUUUGGAGAGGAUGAACUGGGUGAAGUCUACAUACUUGCAAGUAGUAAAAGCAUGGUGCAGUCACACAGCGGGAAACUCUACAAGCUGGUGGACCCGAAAAGGCCUUACACCCCUAAGGAGUGCCAGCAUCAGGUGGAGCCACCGGAGCUGCUGAUGACAGCUUGUUCCAGACACUGUAAGAACGGCCGCUGUACUCCCACCGGCAAAUGCUGCUGCAACCCCAGCUGGGAAGGACAAUUCUGCCGAGUCGCCAAAUGUGAACCAGCCUGCCGCAAUGGAGGAGUCUGCGUGGAGCCCAACAAGUGCCUGUGUAAGAGUGGCUACUCCGGCAACCAGUGUGAGAAGAGCGAGCGGGGUAUGCCCAACGACCAGGAGAACGGCGGGAUAGUGGACCACAUCAUCGACAUGACCUCGUACCUCUUAGACCUGACCAAGUACGUCGUAUAGUGGUGUGCGGAGGGGGCCGCUCCCCAUCAUCCAUCCUCAAGUCUACACACAUCUACCUUUUGCCCUCAAAAGACUCUUAAAGAGGUUUGCUAAAUAUGGCACCUUAAUUUCCCCUCACAUUCUCACGGGCAAGCACACACAAACACACACACACACACACACACACACACACACACACACACACACACACACACACACACACACACACACAUACAUGCAGGACCCCAUCAGACUGCUUUUAAACCACAUCACCAUACCAAGCUUUUCCUCUCCUUACCUAUAAGCUACUUGUUCCUGAACACCAGGCCUGGCAUCCAAGCCGUGUUCACAUUUCAGAGAGCCCUGCAGAGCGCUGAUUGAUGAGUUCCACUAAGACAUUUCCUCUGCUGCUCUAAAAACGCCUUCACUGGCUCCACAGGAACAGGAACUCUGCCGGAGCGGACUGUUAAAACCCCGAGACUUUUAUGCUGCCUUACGAAAAAUGGAGUUUGAGGCAUUUCAGUGGAGACAGUUGAUUAUUCAGGAGUUCAUUAAGGAUUCAGAAUUGGGUGGCUCAAGAUGCAGUUUGUGUUCACGGUCCGUUGAAAACCUAGCAAAGAAAUAAAUGUCUACGCACUCAGACUGUGAGCACGAGGCAUGCAUCUCAUAGAGCCUGCAGUGCUUUUUGCUUUACUAUUCCAAAAGCACUAACAAGAGGAAGGCUGUGUUGACUCAUUUAUGUUGUGUUCAGUUUGUGGGUACAUAGUCAUAAACAGCAAUUUACAGUAUAAAGAACGUAUCACUCAUUUGCUAUCAGUGUACAGAGAGGAUCUACACACAGACGUAGGAAUGAGCGAGUUGAGAACAUUGUACUUUGUCAGCGCCAGUUUCAUGCAAUUUGAAUGGAGUGUUCGAUUCCCAUGCACUGUAUCGUUUUCCUUUCAUUCACUUUUUUAUUCAAAAUUAAUUUCAACAUUUAUUAAAAGCGCAAUGAGAGUAGUUUCAGCUCCACACGUUCACACAGCACACUGUCACAGGUAUGGUUUAACAAACUCUUUUCAUUGCGUCACACACUGAAGCAGAAAGCUGAAGUCAAAACUAUAAAGGGAAGGGAUGAAACGCGCUGAUGUAUAUUUCCAAUAGAGCUUACCUACUUAGUAAUACAAGAAAAAAUCUACAAAAAAAUCUAUAGCAUUACUAUUGUUAUCAUAGAGGAGGGUUUAUUUUUUUAAGCGUAAUAAUAUAUGGGAGAAUAUGGUGUUUAUAGAAAGCAAUUUUACACUAAGCUCGUCAGUUCAUGUCAUUUCAUGUUGUACUUAUACAUAUGCAGCUUUUAUAAAAGACACGCGAGGAUGUUUUCUUUUUUCGCCCAGAGUACAAGUAACGCAUGUCUGUGCCUGCAAAUAGUCAUUCGGAGCAGUUGGUGAAGCUCAUCUAAAACCCACCCACCCCCAUCCCCACAGCAAGACCGUCAGAAUUGUGCUUCUGUAGUAAGAUGAUCAAAGAUCUCGACAGGCCACCAAGUCAGUGUGGAAGGAGCUCAGAGGCAGGGCUGGCAUUAACCUGAGGAAGAAAGUGCAAAUUCUCUUGUGAGCAUUUCCAGAGUAAGGCAAGAAAUUUUAAGAAUGUGUUUGUUAUUAUAGAUGCAUAUAGAUGCAUUCUUUCAAACCCGAGACUCCUCCUAAUAAGAACAUUUAAUUUUUUUACUUUUCUUCUUCACUACCCGUAAAGCCAGUCUUCCCAGAACUGACAGCUGUUGUUUUAAGUUUUUAAGGAAAAUAUUUAUCCUUGUACUUUAUCCACAGCUUUUAUUUUGAAAAUCUAGUUUCAAUAACUUGAUUUUCAAUUGAAGUUUAGUCAAUUGAAGUUUAGUGGCCAUAAAUGAUGUGCUUAUUGUUCAUCUCCUGCUUUCCUUGUGUUUGCUGAAAUAAAACAACUGUACCUGGUCUUAAAACAUCAAAAAGGAAUUCAUGCUGUAAAAUGGAAAAUUAUAAUUUUUUAGCACUUAAUGUGAAAGUUGCAUUGUAGCUGCUGAGACGGCGUGGUGUGAAUAGAAUAACCAUUUUCAUUAUUUAAGUAGUUACACAAAUAAAAUAAUUAUUUAAAUUCUCUAUGUUGUUUUUACCAUUGUACUGUAUGUGACAAUUUUGUAUUCCUGUAUUGUAAAUAAAAGUAGGGAUAACUUGGUUUCUCUUCAGAAAUAUCAAUAUGUCUAUUAAAAUGUAUAGCAUGUCUGAAA